AUGGCAUUAUAUUAUGAUGAAAUUCUCGCCGGAAACUGUUUAGGUCAAAUUAAUAUCGUACCACCACCUAGUAUGACGAAAACCACUAUGAAAGAAGCAUCGCAAUCAGUGAGUCUUCUGGAUCAAUUUGGUUUUUCCCUCGAAAAAUUAUUUUAUAUGGCUAGACAAUUUCUAAAAGAAAAACAAGGAAGUAGUGAUGUUCAAUUAAAGUAUGGCGAUAACAUACGUUUGAUUGCGUUGUCGAAGCAAGCAAAAAUAGGUAAAUGGGAUGCAUCUCAUACACAAGAUGUCGGAUUUCUUGAUGUCGUUGGAAAUGAUCGGAAACAAGCAUGGAUUGCCUUAGGAAAUAUGUCAAAAGAACAAGCAAUGGAAGAAUUGCAAGUGACGCGCCAGAUCAGAUCGGUCGAUGAGCUCAAAAUGAAAGAAAAUAAUGUAGACAGAGCUGCUCCCCGCGAAUCUGCCAUAAUAUACUUGCAUCUAGAAUUAAUCUGCUCCAAAGGACAUAAAGCAAGCAACGAUGAAACUCGUCGUGAAUUAGAAGAACAAGCUGAACGCGUCAGACAAUACGAAUUAGCACAUUAUUCACGUUUAGAGAAGCAGCAGAAGAAACGAGAAGAUUUUCAAAGAAAGCAAAUCCAAGACGUACUCAGUCAACAAACGUAUUCGCAGUUUAAAGCGUACGCCGAACAACAAUACAAAGACAACAAACAAGCACAAGAAGAAUUAAUUCGUCAACUGCAAGAACAACAUUUUCAACAGUACAUGGAACAAGUCUAUCAACAACAAUUAAUUGAUCAACAACAACAAUUUCAGAAUAAGAUGAAUACAGAACAACAACUGCCAGUGGAAAAUGUGAUACCAUCAAUGGGACAAUCCUCAUCACCAUUAACACCAACGAAUGUCGAGGCAUCACCACCACCGAUGGCAAUAAUCCCUCCACCAGCAACGAAUAUAAUUCCGCCCCCAGCAAUGAGCCCGGUAUCACCACCAACUUCACUCAAUAUCGUUCAACCACCACAAGCUAAUAUACCCACAGCAACAUCGCCCACGAAUGCAGUUUCAUCACCAUUAGUAGCGAAUCUCCCAUCGCCGUCGACCAUUAUUCCACCACCAGCGUCCAAUGUUCCUUUUCAACAUAUGUCACCUGUUGGUCCUGUUCCUCACCACUUACCACCUUUGGCACAUCCUCCUCCGCCAAUAAUGCCGUUUCAAUCACCUUCAACUAGUCAGGUCGCGGCUCAAGAAAUCAAACUAGAACCAAUGCCCCCCAUUCAAACUCAAUUUGAAACGCUGACCCUCAACACCCCAUUGGAGCCGAUUACACACAUUCCUUCGCAACCGUCAGUUGGCACCGAGCUGCCACACCAACAAUUUCCAUUAACACCGAUCAAUAACGAAUCAGCUACUAUACACUCCGACGCCGUCGAUGGUCAGGCACUUACAACACCAGUCGUUGGUGCAAAUGGCGAGCUAGUUUUACCGGCGGAGACAGAAAAUGCUGAAGCCCCAAAACUAAUUCCGGCAAACAUGUGGACAAGAAAAGAUCUUAAAGAAUUCAAAGAACAAAUACGUAAAGAAAAGGAUGCCGUAAUUAAAGUUGGCAGUGGUGAAACAGUCACAGUGCGCGUCCCAACACAUGAAGAUGGUCAAUGCAUAUUUUGGGAAUUCGCCACUGAUUACUACGAUCUCGGCUUCGGUGUUUAUUUUGAAUGGAGUAAAUCGGCAACAAACACUGUCACUGUUCAUGUAAGCGAUUCCAGCGAUGAAGAAGAAAACGAAGAUGGAGCAAAUCCGGAGAAGAAGGAUAUAGAAAAAGGAAGUGGAAGUACGAACAAACCUCCGAAACCACCUCAAGAUGAAAUCGUUCCCAUAUAUCGUCGCGAUUGUCACGAAGAAGUUCAUGCUGGUAGUCACUCAUAUCCCGGUCAAGGAGUUUAUUUACUAAAAUUUGACAAUAGCUAUUCAUUAUGGCGUUCGAAAACACUCUAUUACCAUAUGAACACCUGUGAACAAAGAGGAGCCGAAGAAUUACUGUCAAUGCUAACUGAUGACGAAUUGAUGUCAGUUAAAGAUACAGUUACGAAAUCUAUGAUAUCCACUGAAUCCCGUUCGGAGGCGAUUGAUGCUUGUUUGAAAUGUUCACAAUCAGCGAUGGAAUUGUUACGACGAAAGAAGAUCCGGAGAGAUAUUCUCAUGCAAUAUUUAGCGAAAAAGUCCAUUCCUGUCGGUCCAGGCACUGAUAAGGUUAAACUUGUCAAACAGAUCAUCGAUUUUUGGAACAAUGGUUGUCAAGCAAUAGCUAAUAAUAAUAGCAACAAUAACAAUAACAGCAUUGUCCCAGCAAAUAAGCUGCCUGGUAACAGCCAGUUAUCUCAUCAAUUCACUGAGUGGUUCUACACUUCGUGGAACAGCAUUUCAACAUUUACGUCAGAUCAUUUCUUUCCGGACUGUCAGUUAACUCUCAUUCAUGAGAAUAAUCGUCGAGUUUUAGGCUCGUAUUAUGUGUGUGAUAUCCUACGUGCUUACGUAACCAAUCAAGAAUUACGUUUCUGCCCCAAUCCUCAGUCAAACAAAGUUGAAGAAUCCCAACACGGCCUUGUUCUGAUACAAAUUCAUGGUACAAUCCAUCAACAUGGUACAUGCAUAGGAGUAUUCGAUCAGUCAUUUGGUUUAGUUCGUGAUCCGAACCAUAGUAACAACUAUUUGAUAAAAUUUUGUUUUCUCAACAUGCAAACGCAACAAGCACAGCAACAUCCACAAUUAUUGUCCAAUGCUGAAACAACUCCAAACUAUCUUGUCGAUAUUAUGCAAAAUUACGAUCAAACAAUACAACAACAAAUUGAUUCUACUGAUUACAUUAUCGAAGAUCCAGAUGAUGGCGACGACAAAGAUUAA